AGGUGUUAUAUUUUAUAAAAUUUCAAAGUAACACUUUGAUACUCAAGCAGCCGAUGGCUGGCUGGAUCGCUCCAGCAAUGGAUUGCUCCUGAAUGGAUAAUGCAACGUUAGUAGAGACAAGCGCUGUACAAUAUUCCUCCCAAUUCCGAUUUGAGGAACAUGCUGUUACAAACUUCUCUUAUCAAGUUGGAGGAAGAGCCGAAAUAGUGUCAUUAAAUUUAGGAGAGGACAAAUCAAUAGGAAAACCACUGAACAAGACUGAGCACCAUUUCUAUGAGACUGCUGUCAAAUCACUCCCGUGCAACUUGCUUGACUACAUACCCUGCUAUAGAGGAGUUGUUGAGAUUAAAAAUGGGAAGCCAGCCACCUUGGGGGACAAACUCAGACUCAAACGCAAAGGGUGUUACAUAGUAUUGGAAGAUGUAACCUCACGAUUCAAGAAGCCCAGUAUAAUGGAUUUGAAGAUGGGAACACGUCAGUUUAGUGACACAAUGUCACCGGAAAAGAUAGCGCGCAAGAAGAACCGCAGUUUAGCUACCACCAGUAAUGAACUUGGUGUAAGGGUGGCUGGUAUUCGGAGUUUCAACUCCUCUGAAAGCUGUGGCCACCACCACAUGAACAAGAUGGAAGGAAGAGAACUCACCUCAGAUUCCAUCCUGGAUGCGUUUAGGAUGUUCUUCUUUGACGGGAAGGAGAUGCACACAGCCGCAAUAGAUAGGAUCCUUCAUAAGCUAACCAACAUCAUAGAGCUGAUCAGAUUGUGCGACAGUGUGCGGUUGUAUUGCUGCUCCUUGCUCCUGGUAUACGAAUCCGACAAAACUGGAAACCUUACUAACGUUAAGACUGACAUCAGAAUAAUAGAUUUUGCGGAGUUCCAGACACGCUCUGGUGAUGGCGUGAAGUACGAUGGUCCUGACGAUGGAUUUCUGAGAGGACUAGAAAGCCUUGUCAGAAUACUCGCAAACUUGAUGAGAGAACAGGAAGAGAAGAUAAAAGAAACACCCCUGAAGAUAGGAUUUGAAGAAGAAGAAAAAGAGCAGAGCGCCAGUGAGCAGCCUCCUGCACUCUCCUAAGCUGGCUGUUAAGUACUCCUCAGUAUUGAAGAGACUCUGUGUACUUUUUAUUAGAUCAAUUCCAUAUGAAGAGAUUAAACAUUAAUAUUUUCUCUAAAUUUUAAAAUUCUUCACGAAACAAGAGUUUGAACAAAGGUAAAUUAAUUACUAGAGUAGUCAUAUUCGUAAAACGUUUUACUCUCAAUAAGGAGGCUUCACUCGCUUUACAUUGUGUAAAUGUAUGAGUAUGGUAAUAUCGUAUGAGUAAUGAGUAUGAUAAUAUCAUACAUAUUAUGUAUGCUAUUAUGUAGAAGGGAUAUACAUUCAGACUUAAAACAUGAAUUUACAUUAAUGAAACAUUGCUAAAUAAAUACCUUGUUUUAAAUUUUGCCAUUAUAUGUAUAAUUAUCACAUAAAGUUCAGAUAGAUUUUUUAUUUUUACAACCGAUUUGUUGAAUACAUGGGUGAUGGAAUGUUGUUUGAAAACAUUUAAACAGAUUGUUAAGGAUUUUUGGUCAAUACUUUGCUAUAAAUAGCAUUUUGUCAAUAUAUAUCCGUUUGUUUUCGUUUUUCCAUGACUUAAAUGUUAUGACACAUGUGUGGUAUAAACAGUUGUUACGUCAUUUUCAGAUACUUUUUAGGUACAAUAAUUUUGAGACAAAAAAAGAUUUUGAUAUGAAAACUUUGGCAGUUUUCGAUGUUUUUGAAAUGAUUGUUUAGAUAUGAUUAUUAUCAUUAUGUUUAAGAUCUACUGCAUAUGACUCGAGGCCUAAUCGAUGUUUAAUCAAUUGGAUGAUCUAGAUAGUUCAAUUCUGCAACUUACAGAUCCGCCUAGGCCCUAGAGUAUGUUCACUGGAGAUAAAGUAACCAUUAGUGAUUAGAAUGUUAAGUAUUGCAACAAUGCAACAAUGCUUAUUUUCUUACUAUUUCAUUGACAGAUUUGUGAAAGCAUGUUGUUAUAUACAUUUUCAUUAUGCAUGUUCGUAUUAUAAUAAAAUAGUAUUAUAAACAGUCUGUUUAUAAUACUGUCAUAUUAUUAUGAUUAUUAUUAUAAUUAGGUUCACAAUAUAAUUUUGAA